AUGGUACCUCGUCAAGUGAAACCUACCACAGAGGUUUCCCACUCAUCGGGUGAGCGCAAAAGUGUCCCUGAUAAAGUGCAUCCGAAGGGGUACGUGGAAAUUCUCGAGCGGCAACAAAUCUGGCUUGUCCGAGGACUUCGUGAGCUGUAUCGACGUUCUAUCGAGAGCGGGAUUUGGCCUGGCGAUCCGUUGGAGCUCGAGGAUAACGGGCACCCACUCACUCAUGAUUUGCUCGCACGAUUAGGAGUCAUAGAUCACAACAAGGACCUUCGCUUUGAGGAAGAUAGCCAGUCCCUGUGCAGCCGUGACCCUGAUGACCCCAGCGACAGCCCUAGCCUUCUACAAUCUCGCUCAUCCUCCUCGCUGGGCUCUUCUGUUCACCAAAAUAAGUCGACUGCCUCCCUAACCAGCGAACCUAUGAGCGCCGGAUGGGAAGACAAUAUCAAACCUCAGCCGGUUAAUGAUGGCUUGGGUUUCACGCCGCGCUCAGUUAAAGGCGCUGACAGCUCGCCUACGUCACUAGACGUACGUCAACAGACCAGCGAACCUAUGAGCGCCGGAUUAGAAAAUAAUAUCAAACCUCAGCCGGGUAAUGAUGGCUUGGGUUUCACGCCGCUCCCAGUUAAGGGCGCUGCCAGCUCGCCUACGUCACUAGACGUACGUCCACACCGGGAGCAACAAUGGGUCGGUGGCGACCUGGACGCACUAUUUCAUGAAAGUGACCUUCUCAUUUCGGCCGACCAGACCUGUUUUACGCUCGAUGAUUUCAUUACAGCGGCAUCUAGCUCUGAAACUCCUAUACCGCUCAUAAACGCCCCGUCGGUCCCCCUACACGAACCAGUCAUAGACCCGCAGUCCUCCCUGAAUUUUGAUUUAGCUAGUUUUGGAGCACCGCCUGGAUUUUGGAAAACGUAUGCAUUUUGA